AUGCCCCGGACGCGUCGCCUUCUUCGAGAGGAAAUCACCUACUCCCAUGCCAAAGAGCGGGAGGUGAACAUACUUCAUCAGCUGGGUUAUCUCGACCAACAGUCUCGCUUCUUCUCCCAUCUCUACGCUAGACGCGAUUGGAUGAAAGCUGUUGUUGUUCAUCACCUGAACUUGAACUCGACGGGCGCGUGUCAUAUUCCAAAGCCCGAGGACUGGUACCGCGGUAGCUUCAAUGUCUGCAUUCCCAUUACCAUAUGUGACUGGAAGCGUCGUCAACAGCCCGGAAACCGUGUCCUCCUCCGAUUUCCGCUACCCUAUCGUAUCGGGGAGGAUUUUAGGCCGGGAAAUGGAGACGAAAAGAUCCAAUGUGAAGCUGGCUCCUACGCAUGGCUCCAACAAAAUUGCCCAGAGGUUCCAAUUCCACGACUCUACGGCUUUGCUCUGUCAACAGGCGAAACAGUACGUGCCCAGGUGCCAACUUCUUCAUACGAGCAAGGUACCUAA